AAAUUAGAGAUUACCUGCAUCUUUGAAGGCUUUUGAAUUUGCUCGUCUGUUGUUAAUUUAAAAAAAUUAUUUCUUUUUUAUGUUCUGGAAAUCUUUCUCCCAGGCAUGUGAUGCAUGGCAGAAAGAGGCUCAAGAAGCAAAAGAACGUGCUAACAUCGCAGAUGCGGACAAACAACUCGCUCUUCAGAAGAAGGAGGAAGUGGAAAAUAAAUUAAAAAAGCUGAAGGCACAAUUAGCUGCUUGUCUAUCUACUGCAUUACCUUAUAUGAAAAACUAUGGAGAUAUAGAAAAAAUUUCCUUGCCAAAGCUUCGUUCCUUACAAAAUCGGCUGCACUUAGAUUUAGAAACAAUAGAUGAGGUGAUAUUUCAGCUUCAGUCAAAGAAGUGUAUCGUAUGUCAGGAAGGUGAUCGUAGCAUUAUCCUGAAUCCAUGUCAACAUUAUGUACUUUGUGAUCACUGUGCAGCUGCACAAGAAGAAUGUCCCUGCUGCAAGAAAAAAAAAAAUCUGUGGUAACAUGCAGGCAUAGUACUCAUAUCACAUUCAUGAAUUAAAUAAUUUUAUGGGUUUGUAUUUUGUAUAAGAAUUAUAUCACUCAUAAUUAAUCC